GCAAGGAUUCCACACAACCUACCCCAUAAUUUCCGGUUACAGGCAUCCUUCUUCUUCUUCUACCUAUUCGUCGUCCUUCUGCAGCUACAGAGCCUCUAUCUAUGCACUUUGUUAGCCUUUGUUAUCUUCUUCGACAGCUGUCAUACGUUAUGUUCUUAUCUUUUGAGAUGUUUUUUCUGCCAUUGCUAUGUCCUAUUAAGCUAUGGAGGAUGACUAUUAUCUAUUUCCCCUUCUCAAUUUUCAUUAACUAUGGUACUUUUGACAACUAUUGCUUUCACGGGCAGCUAUGGCUAUCUGAUGCCCUAAGUCUAUUAUAGCUGAAAUCAUUUCAAUUCGAAAAUUUGGUUGUGGAACUGUGAGCUCCUUGCUAUAAAUUGGACCCUUAUGGUCUGAGAUGUCCAUAAGUUGUUUCACUAUGUUUUUCUUACUUCAUUCUCCCGCUCCUAUUUUGGUUUUAGGUGAUCAAUUUUCCCCAAUUUUGAUCGGAGACAUGGGUGUUCAUGUUAAUCCAAUCAAGAGUCUAUGCCCUGGGAAAAAUUUCUUCAAAAUUAGGACUAGAGUUAUCCGGAUGUGGGAAGUAUCCCCUGUGAAUGAUCCCUUGAGUCCCUUUGCCCUGCACAUUGUUCUUAUUGAUGAUGAGGGUAAAAAAAUUGAAGCAAUUGCGCGCAAGCCAUUCAUGUCUAAAUUCAGGAACGAGCUAUGCGAAGGCAAAGUUUACAGGAUAUGGUACUUCUCUGUUUUGUCCAACAGUGGCAAUUUCAUGGCUUCUGAUCAUGAGUACAAGCUUAUUUUCAAUGAAAGAACUAAGGUGGUGCUCGAAGAAGCCCCUGGCAUACCAUUGAAUGUGUAUUCCUUCAAGAAUACAGAUGAAAUAUUAGCUACUGGUGGUGAUUAUGAUUUUCUGAUUGAUGUGAUUGGAUUAGUCACCAAUGUAUCAAGGGAGAAGCAAUAUGCCAAGGCUGGGAAGGUUACUAGAAUGAUAGAGCUGGAGCUUACAGAUGAUAAAGGGGCAAGAUUAACUGUGCUUUAUUUGGAAACUAUGUUGAUGUUGUAAAACAUUAUGUUGCUACCGAUGGUCUGCGUAUGCCUGUUGUGGUUCUUCAAUUUGCGAAGAUUAAGACAUUCAAGGGUGAUGUUGUAAUUCAGAAUGUUAUGAAUGCAACUAUUCUACUCUGGAAUCCAGAUACAGCUGAGGCUGUUUGCUUCCGCGAUGGUUUGGCUCUUCAUGGAAUUGAUGGUGAUAUGCCUCUAGCUGAAAUUGAUGAUGAUGAUGAUGAGGUACGAGUGAUCACUCUAGAGGAAGAGUUUUUAAGGCUGUAUCCUAGGAAAAACAUCAGUGAACUUAAUGACACUACUGAGGAUGGAAUUUUCAUUGUGAUGGCAAAAAUCUGUGGUCUGGUUGAAGGGGACAAAUGGUGGUAUUCUGCAUGUAGUUGUCACAAGGCAGUAACAGUUGAAGAUGGAUUGUUUCACUGUGCUGGCUGUUCCAAGUUUGUUCUAAGUGUGACUCCUAGAUUUAGAAUCAAGUUAGAAGUUGGUGAUGGUAGUGGUUCCGGUGUAUUUGUUGUUUUUGACACUGAUUGCCAAGAACUGCUGAACAAAACCUGCAAGGAACUCACCAUGGCUUCCAAACUGAAUGGCAAGUCUUCAAAUGAUUAUCCAAAUGAGAUCAAGUCUAUCAUUGGCAGACAGAUGUUAUUUAAAGUUCAAAAGUCAGGUGACCAUGGCUCUACAUUUGAUGAUUCAUACAAAGUUAAGAAGAUAUGUACUGAUAUUGAUGUGGUUGAGACUUUUAAAGAUAAUUCCAAAGUUCAAACUCCCACUAAGAUGAUCAGCAGCCCCAAAUUCCCUAAAGUGUCUGGUGGUGACCCAAGCAACAGUGGAGAUUAUUCUGCAAACCAAUCUGAAAUUGGCCCCAAUGUUGAGUCACUUGAUGAAAUUUCUCCAGGCGAUGGAUCCGGUAUCUGUUCUUCUGUCCAGAGUGUUGGCAGUGAUGGUAGUUUUAACAAACCUGCUAAGAGAAUGAGGCUCAGAUCUAUCAAGUUGGAGAAAGAUUAUGAGCUUUAGUUUGGAGGAGCAGGACAUUAUGCUUAAAGGAUUACAACAAUGUGCUUAAUUGGAGUCUUUUUGUAAUAUUUGCAUUAGAGGAUUAUUGCCUUAUUUGUACCCUUAAUAUCCUUUUAGUAUGGAUUUGUGUUAGUUAAGAACUUAUAUUGUGUUUUGGAAGGUUAAUGGUUACAUUCUCCUAUGUUAUUCUAUCUGAUGAAUUAUAUUUAAUAUAUUUUGGCUAAA